GCUUGUGGUGCACAGCAGACUGCUUAUGCCGCUGCCGUCGUUAGCCGAGUAUUGAGCUACCAGCUGACCUACUUUCUCUGCUCUCAGCCACUCGGUCCUGUUUACAAGUCGCUGCCAGCGGAGGAUGUGGAGUACAGUGCUUGGAAAAAUAGACUAGCAAACACCACGAAUGGGACUAUUUAUUGUUUGGUGUGUUGUUGAUGAAUGAGGAGCCGCAGACAUCUUAAUAACCUGCACGUUAUUAACUUAGGCGUUUGUUAUGCAAUUUAACGCUUUCGGUGCCCCAGUCAGCCAGACGCUGGUCACGUCAGUUGCGCUUCAGUUGCCAUGCUGUAGUUUCAAAUACGAUGACUCGACCGAUCAAAGUUAGGCGCGGAUCUUUAUUCCUGCAGGAGACCCCCUUUCAAGAAUUUGGCGUUUCUUCGGUGGACUCGAGGAGGCGGUGGGCAACCGGUCCGCGCUAGGUUUUUCCAAACGAGUGUUCAGACGAGGUCAGCGCAGAUGGGACUUCUAAGACUUCAGAAAGGGCCUGGUUGGGAAAAGGAGUGAGUAUGGACAACCUUUCUGACUUCGGGGGCCCCUGUCCAUCCAGCCACAGAGAAUGGGACACCAACAGCUGCGUGGACGAUUUAAUGGAUGAAGAUGAGAAAGACAGGGCGAAAAGGGCAUCUCGUAACAAAUCGGAAAAGAAGAGAAGAGACCAAUUCAAUGUGCUCAUCAAGGAGCUAUGCACCAUGCUGCAGGGUCAGGGACAUCCGCGCAAGAUGGACAAGUCCACCAUACUGCAGAGAACUAUUGACUUCCUGCAGAAACAGAAAGACAUCACUGCGCAGAACGAAACGUGUGAUGUGAGACAGGACUGGAAGCCUUCGUUCCUCAGUAAUGAGGAGUUCACUCAGCUAAUGCUGGAGGCCCUAGAUGGCUUCUUGGUCGCAUUAACUACAGAUGGCAACAUCAUAUAUGUAUCUGACAGUGUGUCUUCACUCAUUGGCCAUUUACCGUCAGAUAUGGUGGACCAAAAUAUCUUGAAUUUCCUCCCGGAGCGGGAACACGGGGAGGUGUAUAAGCUGCUAUCGUCCCACAUGCUGAUGACUGACCCCAUUGCUGCUGACUUCCUGGACAACGAGACACAUAUUGAAUUUUGCUGUCAUCUAGCCAGAGGUAACAUCGACCCAAAGGAACCGCCGGUGUACGAGUACGUCAAGUUUGUGGGAGAUUUCAAGUUUCAUAACAAGGUGCCUACAUCUUCUUGUAACGGUCUCGAUUUGACGUUGCCGAGAAGCCUUCAGUCUUCGCUGGAGGAGCAGGUCUGCCUCAUUGCUACUGUACGAUUAGUCACUCCACAGUUUCUAAAGGAUUUGUGUAAUGUGGAAGAUCCCUGUGAUGAAUUCACAUCCAGACACAGCCUUGAAUGGAAGUUCCUGUUUUUAGAUCACAGGGCUUCACCAAUCAUAGGAUAUUUACCCUUUGAGGUUCUUGGAACUUCCGGUUAUGAUUACUAUCACGUGGAUGACUUGGAGCUUAUAGCUCAGUGUCAUAAGCAGCUAAUGCAGUUUGGAAAGGGUAAAUCCUGCUACUAUCGCUUCCUGACCAAAGGUCAGCAGUGGAUUUGGUUGCAGACUCACUACUACAUCACUUACCACCAGUGGAACUCCAAACCUGAGUUCAUCGUCUGUACUCACACUGUUGUCAGUUAUGCUGAAGUGCGAGCUGAAAGGAGGAGAGCGUUUGGCUUUGAGGAGCUGUCUCCACCUGAGAUCGCUCCCUCUUCAGUGAAGGCUCAGGAGCUGUACUUGGACAUCUGCUCCACACUGGACGCUCCGCGGGACAGAAACAGCGGCGCACGUUCAGUUUCCUCCCACAGCUCCCGGAAGUCCUCCCACACGGCGAUGUCAGACUCCGCAUCAGCUAACUCCUACACAGAAGCCUGCACGCCGUCAUGGCAGUCUGCUUCCGUCGGGACCGAGAAGACGUCUGCCAGACACCAACCCAGUAGUUCAAAGAAUUUGGCACAAAGACAAAAUUCCUUUGACCUCGUUCCCCAACUGAGCCUCCCCCUUUCUCCUACCUGCAGCAAGCACUCUGCAAUGCAACAGCAACCACAGCAGCAGCAGCAGCAGUCGUCGUCGUCGCCCAUGUAUCCGCCGCAGCAGCCUCAGCUCUGUGUGAUGAACCAGCUGAAGGAGCAGCUGGAGGAGAGGACGCGCAUUCUGCAAGCUGACAUUCAGACGCAGCAGCAGGAGCUGCACGACAUUAAGGAGAAGCUUCACCUCGCUAAUCUCCAGAUGUUGUUACAGCAGCCUGUCCAAAAUGACUUUGGCCAGGCCCAGCAGCAGCAGCCCCAGCAGCAGCAGCCCCAGCAGCAGCAGCCCCAGCCCCAGCAGCAGCAGCCCCAGCCCCAGCAGCAGCAGCCCCAGCAGCAGGGAUCAGGCCGGGCGGCCCAGCAGAGCCAGUCAAGGUUGACCAGGCGGCACUCAAGCCACUCUAGAGCACCGUCCUGCGGGGCCCACAAUUCAUCCUCUCACUCACUGAACAGCUCACCCUCAACACAGCAGGUCCAGCAGAGGAUUGCACGGAGAGUGCAGGCCCAGUCGGUGAGCGUGCCCGUGCAGACGAACACAAGUGUGACGAUGCCCUUCUACAGCAACCCCAUGAUGUUCUCUCAGACCAACACGAGGUCUCUGCAGGACGCGAACCAAAGACACACAGACGGCGAGUUCAACCAAGACGGACAACUACGCAUGCUCCUCAACCAGCCAAUGCAGACGCUGGUUCCCACUGGCAGUGUCCCCUCGCAGCCUUCCCAGUGCAACAUGGGCAUCUCCCAAACCAUUUCGUCGUUGUGCCCUCCCAACAGAUACACCUUGGAGCAGCAGAUCAUCACCCCGUCGUUCUCCAUGCAGCAGGUCAACUGCAACGCCGUCCUCGUCCCCUCCCCGGUCUUCACAUCCCCCAUAAUGAUCCCGCACAACAGUUUCAUCGCGAACCAGUCCCAGUCAGCCUAUCAGACUCAGCCCCAGGCUCCUCAGCACUCCCUGCAGCUACAGCAGCCCCAGCAGUUCUUUCAGAUGGCUCAAGGACUUGUACACGGCGGAUCUACUCCAGCAUUCUUACACACCACUAACGUCCCACAGCAAAGCACUAUGGGAUACAUCCAGCAGCAGCAACUGCCGCAGGCACAACAGCAACAGGCGCAUCAGCAACAAAGGCAAUACCAACAUUCCCAAAACCAGACGGGCAGUGUUUCAGACUUCCGAAAUAUGCUGACUCGGUAGCGGCCGUGGACCGUGUUAGACCGGCCGAGAUAUCCCACUGUGCCGUCGCCGUGUGGGCGGCAGCACUUCGUGGCCAUUUGGAAGUGAAGAAUUGCUUCUCGUGACCUUACUGCUGAUGUCUGGCCGCCCACGUUCAGAAGAAGGCGGUUGAGCACGUCGCCGGAGUGAAACCCACGAGCAGAGGCUGCACUGACCCGGACGUCAUCUGCAGGAUCCACAGGAGAGUCUGAGGGGCUCGGCCCGCAUCGCACUCAGUCGCCAAUCGGUGAAACAGCUGGAACGAGUGGAUUAUCAAAGCUCUCAACAAGGCACCACUUUCACAUGUUUACAAGGGGACGUUUUUCAUCCAAGAGAGUUUCCUUCUAAGUGUGUGUGUGUUUGCACUUUGGUCCCGCCCCCUACCAAAAGGUAGAAUAUUUAUGUUUGCCCCCUGAAUUAAUAUUCUAUUUUCCUCACUGACGACAGCUCGACACCCCUCCUCCCCAGCGACAAUCAUCCCCUCUGGUCAGAUGUUUUUUUAGCUCCAGUAUAAAUGGCUCAUCUCAUAAAAGUGUGUACACGGGACCUCGACGUCAAUGUUUGUUUCAGUCGGCAGAUGACAAAAGUCCCCAAAGCGAUCAUUUGUGAAACACGCAGCCGUGAGAUGACUGUCGUAUCUGAAAUCAGGUCGGGUAAGAAUUUAAAUGUAACACGACGAUGCUACACAGGGAUGCUGAAGGGAGGGGGGGGAGGGAUGUUCUCCAAUUAUUAGAAAGGUCUAUCUAGAUUUUUAAAGCCUCAAUCUGGGCCUGCAGAAGGGACGCCACGACUGUUGCGCCACUUUUUUUUUACUGAGAGGACAACAAAGCUCUGAAGUCUUCUGAUGAGUCCUGAAACGAGCUACCGGAGGGGGAAUAAUUAGUGCCUUUCACCGUGGGGUCGUCCGCGGUGCGGUUUUGAUGGUUGUGUCUGAUUACGGCUUUAAAAAUCCAGCUCAGGUCCAUUUGGAAUACUAAAGUUAUAUUUUCAUAAGUCAUAAUUUAUUGUUUUUCCUGCAUCAAAUUGAAACAAAAUGACAUCCAGAUUUGUAAUGGGUGUAUUACAAAUAUGUAUUUGAUGCUUUUUCGCAACCUUUUCGUCAGUGAGUCCAAACUCUUUUUGAACACUUAAUGUAGUGAUGGUAGCUAAUAAGAUUAAUUUAACUAUAUACGGAAAUCCCCAAAUCCCUUCAUGUUUAUUUAUUACAUACAGUCUAUAUUUGAAACAAUAUAUUGGAUUGAGAAACUAGUUUUAUACUCGAAGGUUUUAAUUGAUUUUAUGUGUUCAUUGAGACAGCGAUACCCCUCCUGGGUUAAUGGUUUAAUAACACAGCAGUCCGCUGAUGUGUGUGUGGCUCUUAUACCCCCCAAAACAACAAAGGGCUGCAGAAGCGUAAGCUUGGAGAUUUAAAAAUGUUGGAGAAAUGAUUUGGGAGAUAUUCUGACUGCUAACAGUAUUACCCCGUUUAUUCUGGUCAUUCGUUUUUUUUUUUUGGUUUAUUCCACCAUCAGAGAAGUCACUAAAUUUACGCUCUAAUCGUGACCAAAUGAGCUCAUUUACAUAAAAAAAGCAAUACAUUGCUUCCUGCUAUGAAUGUGAUAUUGUCGUUAAAAACGGACACACCGCAAGAAUUUAUUUUAUUUUUCUCCAAUGUAUUAUUGUUCCGAAUAUCACAACAAAAACACUACGUUUUGACGUCGUCUGGAAGUUGCCCACGGCCGUUCUGUGAGUAUUUCAAGAUGUUACAAUCUGUUCAUGUGCUUUCUGAAUGUCAGUCCUCUGAGUUCAUCAGAUGAAGGAGAUCUUGUGCCACUACUCAUCAGCUCUUGUAGCUGCACUCCUGUCUCACACGCUUAUUUUGAGUAUAAAGUUAAGUCCCAUUGCAGCGCUGCAAUAAUGGUGAGAUGACCACAAAAAGACGGGUUUGAGUGUACCGGUGGAGCGACAGUCGAACUACUUCCAAGAAGAAAACGCAGCGAAGAACAUGCGAGAGUCUCUCUUACAAUCUGAUAACUUGUAUACAGUAUGAAAAAAACUGCCUGUCUCAUAGAGUCUGACUUCACCAUUUGAAUUUCAAAAUCUAUCUUUAAAUUUGUUCCUGGAUCACAUACUUGUUUCCAGCUCGGCAGGAGAGAAAACAAACCCAGUUUAUCGUGACUCAGCGUCUCCUGAAAGCCUCACUGCUCCACUUUAUGAGAAGCUGACGCUCAGCGUGACCGUUCGGUCUGAGCCGCACAACAUCACUCAAGACUGGUGCUGGUUCACAGUGGACCACAAGCACACUCUACAUGUACGAGCAGUGCUCGUUCACGCUUUCCCUAUGUGCAAUGUCCAUUUGAAAAAAAAAAAAAGAAGAAUGUUAAUUUAUACUGUUUUUAAAUGUUUCACGAGGUGUAUAAUAAGCCAUUGUACCAUGUAAAUUAUAUGGAAGUAUUUUUUUUUUUAAUGAAAAAUGUCCGAACAUUCCUCCAACCGUUUAUCGGCAGUAUCUUUUCUUUUUUUUUACGGUAUCACAUGGUGGUGCAGACAUAAUUAAACACAGACACUCUGGAGUAAAAGCUCAUAUACGUUCACCUUCAUCAUGAAAUGAAAUGUCCUCAUCAAGCAGAAGGUCUUUAAAGGGUCUUUUUCCCUUUUAUUUAAAUGGCUUUUAAGAAAAAGUGCAAUUGUUCAUCAUCGACAUCUGUUUUUAGGAGGUUGAGGGAUGUCUGAGUCUCUCUGUGUGUAUUUCUAUACGUCCACAUUUGGUAUAGCAACAGUUCAGCUCAGCCAGCAACUCAGAGGUGCCAUAAAUGACUAUUUUUUACUUUAAUUUUAAUCACUGAAAGAAAUCUAAAGAUAUGUUCAACCUUUCAGUGAAUCGCAGUAAAAUUUCCCCUUGAGGUUGUUUCCCAUUUGAACGCCAGAGAAGAUUUUCAAGUGUGUAUUGCUUCACACGCGUUAUUGUAAAUAACCCAUCAACACGGUUUGUCUUGUAGUUCCCAACAGCAUUUGCAGCACCUUAUUUUAUUUAUUUUUUUAAACCAACUUUCAGAGUGCUUUCCUUCUUCAUGGUUUUUUUUUUUCCAUUGCGUGUCAUUGUUUUUGAAGACAUGUGAUUCACGUGUAACUUGUGCUUUUUUCUGUUUUUUUGUAAAACAGUGACUGACGUUAAAUGUAAGUGUGGAGAGUCCGAUCGAUGCUCUGUGUGACACGAACAAAACGAACCUGGUGCACAGCCACCUCUGCAGCUUCAGUGCAGAAACAAACAUUGAAUAUAUUGUAUAAUAGAAUGUAAAAAAAAGAAGUUUAAACUAUAUAUAGUUUAUUAUUAUUUUAUAUGUCAUAGAUUAUAUAUGUAUGUUAAAUUACUUUAAAAUUAAAGUAAUUUUGUAACAGAUAAUGAAGUGUCUUAUUAGAGGAGGAGAGGCUUUGUUUUGGUGUUGCACAGUCGCCUGUAUGGCUCGUUUUCUUUCCGUAUUCACCAUCAACAUAAGCUUUAAAAAUAUCGUUAAUGUUUUUAAAAUAAAUUAACAAAUUAAGUUUACAUUCUAAAAUAUCUUGAUAUUAACUAUGGUAUAUAUAUAUAGAUAUAGAUACAGAAUUAUUUAUAAAUCAACCUGGAUAUUGUGAAAUAUUUGAAAAUAAAUAUUUUUAAACAUAUGUAUUGUUAUUCCGAGCAAACUUUAUGUAGAAAAUGAUUUAUGUACUGGAUUGUUUCUCAACUGUGUGUCCUUAUUGCAAAAAGCCUUUUUAUCUUUAUAGUGUUAAUCUAUGAAAAGGGUUUGGCAGCGGUACUUCUAUACAGUAUUGUGCAACGAGGUUUCAACACUUCUCUCACACAGCAGAGGGCCGCCCAUAUGAUCACAUCACACCUGCCUGUGAUUUCACUUUCACACUGAUUCAUUUGAUGUCAGCCAUCCAAAAAAAUAAAUGAAUCCAUUGGCUUCUCAAAACAAGUCGAUUUGCUGCUUCGAGGAGUUCAAACUUGCAGCGUGUCGGAAGCUGACACCUACUCUGUCAGUCGGAGUAAAAACACAGAAUUCUGUCAUAAAAUGUGCAGUUUCAUGUACUUCAGCAUUUGAAUUGAUUGCAUUGACAUCUUCCUUUUCCUCAAAAGCAUCAUUUAUUGAAUGAUGUGACAUUUGCUGUACAUGUGUAAACAGGUAAUCGAAGACAUUUCAAUGACAUGAUUAAUGUGUGCUGCUGAUCUUAAUUGAGAGAAACCUCUGUCACUCUGUACACCUUGUCGACCAGGACUUCCACCUCGUCUCCACCCAGACUGCAAAGGUCCAGGACGCACACCACGUGCGUGUCCUCCAGCUCGACGGCAGUCGCCAAGACCUCCUCUGCAAGACAAACAUCUGGGCCGUCAUGUUGAUUUCUGAAAAUGCGCUGCUGUGUAUUAGUGAUGAAAAAAAGAUCUUCAGGUCAAGGCUGAACCGAACGAGGUUUCGGUCCUCUCCCUCUUCCACCGGUGUGCGUUUUCUACCUGGCUCGGGAAGCGCUGAUUCGCUGUUGCUGUCGGCGUCGCCGAGCGGACAGAGGAAGCCCGACGACAGGCAGGACAGCAUGGUGUUGCCGUGGGGAUCCUGAGGAAGACCAACAGCCCGGGGCUCGUCUGAGCUCACAACCGGCAAAUAUGCAGCAUCCACGGCUAUCUGCUUGUUUAUGCCUGUCAGGGAAGUUCAAACAAAAAGCAGAUUGGCAAACUGAUUUCGAUGUUUAAAACAGCAAAGAUUAGAUCAGAGUAUCUCUUAGGAUAAAACAUUACCUAAUAUUGUUACUUGGUAGUACCCCGGACACACCACAGGAGCAAUGACGUCUGCGUUCUGCUCCGCCGUCCACCGCGUCGGUUGAAGGUUACUUUGCCGCAGGAGGACGUUCUUUUCGUCGAACGUGAACCUCCGAGACACGCUGUCCCGGUACAGACCGCCUCGGACCAGAUGUUCGGACACUUCUUGUCGUUGCUUCGGCCAACUGCUGCUCUCCCAAGAUAGUACAUCGGCGUCUGAUGGACACAAAAGGUGUUAACGCGGUAUCAGUUACAUGUUAGGUACACCGCGGUGGAGCUCUGGCUCCUGUAACACACCUGGAUUUAGAUUUUGCAGCUGUUGGCGGCAUUCCACAUCCUGAGCCUCCUCAGAUCCAGAGUCACUCUCUUCUUCUUCUUCUUCAGUGUCUUUAUGUCUCCUGUAGGAGCAGAAACAGAUGAGCUCAGAACCCUUAAACUGGAAUACCGAUGAACACUACCAGCUGGAUCUUCGGUACCUUUUCGCCAACGCGCUGACACAAUUCAAAGAGGACUGCGUGGCUUUUCUAGCGGGGAAAAAAGAUAAAAAGUUGAUAUUUUACAUCUAAUUUAUGGUUUAGAAACUCUCCUUGAUGAGUUUGCUCCUUUCUAGCCACAAAAAGUACAAUUAUUGAUUCACGAAUCUGUUGGUCAGGAGUCAAAUCGUACCUCGUUUGAAUUCUUCUUUUCCUUGCUGGGAUUUUCUCAGGAGAGGCAGAUGUUGAACUGGCCGCCAAAGUCUGCUCAGCUGUUGAGGGAUGGUUGUGAGCAUCUGUAGAAACAUCUCGCACCUGCAUGAAAUCAGUCGAGUUAUUUUUCAGUUUUAAAGGUCAUCACUACUCUCGGAAACAAUGCUUUGAAAUGACGUCCGUUACCUCUUUCUCUUGUGUUCCCCGAGACUCUGUGGUCUUUGGGUUUUUCAUGUACCGCACUGCCGUGAUCUGUCCUUGAAGUGCAACUUUUUUAUGUUCCCUAUAUUGCAGAGUCUCCAACUCCUUCUUCAAGUCAGCCGCAGCAACCAGAGGAGCUUGAGCUGCAGACGGAGCAGAGAGCUUUCAAAACAACAAACAGGUGGUACACUAGACUCCACCUUACAGGACAAACCGAUGUCUAUAAGUAAGUAGUCUAUUAAUAAAUUAAUAGUCGUCUUAUGGGCAGCUUGAGAGAACAGCUUUUACAACUU